CCUGUUUAUACAUCAAGAGCCAGUGACUGAACUUAAUAACUUGUGUAGUAGUUGGUGAGUGAAAGAGUUCGGAAGUUAACGUGACUGGUGUAACCUAGCUAAAAACAGUUGUAGAAAGUUGCGUAGCGACACGUGAAUGCAAGAAUUUUGAAUGUGGAAGCCCGAAAUUAGCAUACACUUUUGUUUACAUAGACUUUUCAUUAAAAAUGACUGCCUAAGCGCAAGCUAACGAGACUGGUGUGAACCUAGCUAAAACCAGCUGUAGAAAUGUCCGUAGUGACACAAACGCGAGUCAAUAUGGCCGGUGUGAACGUAGCUAAAAACAGUCAUAGAAAUUGACACAUGAAUGCGAAAAUUUUAAAUGUGGAACCCAGAAAUUAGCAUAUACAUGCGUUUACACUGACUUUUCAUUGACAAUGACUGCCUAAGCGCAAGCUAACGAGACUGGUGUAACCUAGCUAAAAACGGUUGUCGAAAGUUGCGUAGCGACACGUGAAUGUGAGAAAUUUGAAGCCCGAAUUAGCAUAAACUUUUCAUUGAAAAUGGCUGCCUAAAUAGUGUGAACCUAGCUAGAAACUGUUGUAGAAUUUUGCGUGAUUACAAGAGUUUUGAACGUAAGAGCCCAAAAUAAGCAUAUACAGCUAGCAAGUGUGUGUUUUAGAUGUGUUCAUGAAAAAAAAAGUUGUGUAAGAAGAAUAAAACAAAACUUUUGUCUAAAAAUGAUCCGAAAACUUCAGUCCUUUCAGACAGAACUCCACCCUGACAUUCAUCUUUUAUCUUUAAAUGAAGAAAAAUCUUCGUUUUUGGAGGAAAACGUCCAUAUUUCCAAACCUCUCCGGAUCUAAAGUCUGUUUGAUGCUAAAGAAGGAAGUGUUGGUCCUGAUGACACCAAAUCUUCAACAUUUAAGGAAGGAGCAGCCAAUCCGCGGCUGAGGAGCAGCCAGAGCUGCAGCGCCGCGCGCCGCGCCACGCCCCCCCAACAGUCCGCGAGCUGCGCUGUUGCAGAGCUGCGCUCGCGCAGGACGGACGGAAGAAAACAGAGAGAGAGAGGGAGAGAGAGGGAGGGUGAAAAGGCGCGCGGGGGAGAGGAAGAGGAGAAUGUGAGCGGAGCUGGAUGCGGACGGAGCGCGCGCGGCUGGAUCCACUGCCUUCGGGGAGGCCUCGGCUCGUGCACCUGUCCCUUUCUGUCUCGGCGGCCAGGCGCAGUUUGGGCGGGAGCGACGCGCCCGUAUUCUGUCGGGGGGGAGGGCGCACAGCGGCCGAGGCGCACACACUCCAGCGCACGGCACCGCACGCACACGCUUCGGACGGGCAGCAGCAUGACUUCAUCCUACAAUCUGGAUUUUCUGCCCGAGAUGAUGGUGGAGAGCCGCCUGCUCGUUCCCGGGGACAGACUUAACGGCACAGCCGGAAAGAUGAACGGGGCGCUGGAGCAUUCGGACCAGCCGGAUCCAGACGCCAUCAAGAUGUUCGUAGGACAGAUCCCGCGCUCCUGGUCGGAGAAGGAGCUGAAGGAGCUUUUUGAGCCGUACGGAGCCGUCUACCAGAUCAACAUCCUCCGAGACCGCAGCCAGAACCCUCCACAGAGCAAAGGCUGCUGUUUUGUCACGUUUUACACAAGGAAAGCUGCCCUUGAAGCCCAGAAUGCACUGCACAACAUAAAGACCUUAACAGGGAUGCACCACCCUAUUCAGAUGAAGCCUGCAGACAGCGAGAAAUCCAACGCUGUUGAAGACAGGAAGUUGUUCAUCGGCAUGGUGUCAAAGAAGUGCAACGAGAACGACAUCCGGGUCAUGUUCUCUGCGUUCGGACAGAUUGAGGAGUGCCGGAUCCUCCGGGGGCCCGACGGACUCAGCAGAGGCUGUGCGUUUGUCACGUUUUCCACCAGAGCCAUGGCACAGAAUGCAAUCAAAGCCAUGCACCAGUCUCAGACCAUGGAGGGCUGCUCGUCUCCCAUCGUGGUGAAGUUUGCCGACACGCAGAAGGACAAGGAGCAGCGGCGUCUGCAGCAGCAGCUCGCCCAGCAGAUGCAGCAGCUCAACAGCGCCACCACCUGGGGGAGCCUGACGGGCCUGGGCGGCCUCACCCCACAGUACCUGGCUUUGCUCCAGCAGGCGACCUCCUCCGGGAACCUGGGCGCCUUCAGCGGGAUCCAGCAGAUGGCCGGUAUGAGUGCUCUGCAGUUGCAGAACCUGGCAACUUUAGCAGCGGCGGCGGCGGCGGCCCAAAACUCAGCCAGCCCCUCCACCGCAAACCCCUUGUCCUCCAACGCCGCCUCCCUGGGAGCGUUGGCCAGCCCAGCAGCAGGUACAACAGCCAGCUCCAACGCCGGAGCCAUGAACUCCCUGACCUCUCUGGGCACCCUGCAGGGCUUGGCAGGCGCCACCGUGGGCCUGAACAACAUUAAUGCACUAGCAGUUGCUCAAAUGCUCUCAGGUAUGGCGGCUCUAAACGGAGGCCUGGGCGGCGCAGGGCUCACCAACGGAACCGCGGGCACCAUGGACGCGCUGACGCAGGCUUACUCAGGGAUCCAGCAGUACGCCGCCGCAGCGCUGCCCACGCUCUACAGCCAGUCCCUGCUGCAGCAGCAAGGCGCUGCCGGCAGCCAGAAAGAGGGACCUGAAGGUGCCAACCUCUUCAUCUACCACCUGCCCCAAGAGUUUGGAGACCAGGACAUUCUGCAGAUGUUCAUGCCUUUUGGAAACGUGGUCUCUGCCAAAGUCUUCAUCGACAAACAGACAAACCUUAGCAAGUGCUUCGGCUUUGUCAGCUACGACAAUCCCGUGUCGGCACAGGCAGCCAUCCAGGCCAUGAACGGCUUUCAGAUCGGCAUGAAGAGGCUGAAGGUUCAGCUGAAGCGCUCCAAGAACGACAGCAAACCGUACUGAUCUUAGCACUAGGGUUUGUCUGCUCCCCCUGUUAGCACUGCUAGGGUAAGUCCUCCCCCCCUGAGAAAACAACAAAACUGAUUAAGAAAAAAACGAGCCACGACCUCUUCACACGGGGACUCGGGGAGGGCGAGGGAUGUGGGAAGGAGGGGGAGACGACCUACAACCAUCCUGAGCGAGACACGAGCCUUUGAUUUUUAUCUUUAUGUUAGCCAGUAUUACUAUUAUUUAUUACUUUUUUUUAUUUUUGGCACACAUGAACGCUUCCAUUACCCCCAUUACUUUGUGCAAUUUCUUUGACCUAAUAUUAUAUUAGAAGAAAGUAUCUCUUCUCUAUUUUUUUAAGGAAAGACCAGUUUUGAUUAUUUUUAUCCAGACAUUUUUACGGACUAGUUACAUUUAGGAUAAAGACAAAUGGAGCCAUCUUUGUUUUUGUUUUCCUCUUCCAUCGCAGAAAACCUUAGGUUUGGCUAGGGGGUUCACUUAUUUUUUUAAAAGCUCCUUUCCUUUCGACGCGCACUCCGAUAUGCACACGUCCUUUGACCUCCGCGGUGUUGGUUGCAGGCCGCCGCUGCUUCUUCGAAACCCCUCUUAAGCCUGCUGGCAACCCGGGAGCAAAGGCUGCAAAACGCUGGUGGCCUAUUAACACUAAAGUCAGCCUGCCAUACAGUACAAAUACAAGUACAAGUACAGCUACAGUCACAAACAACAAAAACACACACAAUCAUCAGUUCUAUGAAAGUAAACCGUUUUUUAUUUAGAAUUAUAUGAACUACUUUUCUGGGUCAGAUCACAUUGGUCUUUGUUGUUGCAGCAUAUUUCAAAAUAACAUCCAGAAUUUGAUGGUUAUUAAAAAAAAAAAGUACUACUAAUAAGAGUUUUAGGGGGGGAAACUGAAAAUACUUGAUGUUUGUUGAAAGUUGAAAAAAUUCAAAUUACAGAAAGCCACAGGCCUGUAAAUUUUAUUUGUAAAAAAAGCAGUUCUAUUUUUCUACAACAUUUUUACUGCCUCUGAUAAAGAAAAAAAAGGAUUUUAUUUAUUGCAGUUAAGUUAUUGGACUCCUAGAAAAUAAAUAUACAUCCUUUUUUUCCAAGUAGACCCUUGUGGAGAAGUCUUGUGGAACUGGAAUUUUGCUGUUUUUUAUUUUUUCAGUGCAUUAAAGCGCUGUCAUCACCCCCCCCCCCAUAAGAAACUCUGUUAUUCUUUGAAGAACUCACCUCUCUGUCGUCCGUCGCUCCAUCUUUCCACGUUUCCUUUCAUUCUGUUUCACUUUAAGUGUUUCCAUUGUGUGUGCCCCCCCCCCAACUUUGAUGCAUUUCUUUAAAAAAAAAUCUAAAUUUGUGAGAUUGGUUGGAAAAACUGCCUCCCAAAGGUCGUCCCUUUUGGGCGUUUCUCUCGUCUCGUGAUCGUGUGAUGUUGCCUGUCAGUAUAAACCUAUGAAUAUCACUUUAGUAUAACGAAACAAAAAGACUCAAAGAGCUAAAAAACUGCCAAUGAAUAAAUCAGUGUGUAGUGUUUGUAUGUUUGUAUGUUUGUUGUUGUUGUUCUUUUGUUUUUUUAAAGGAAAAGCUGUUGUGUUGUGGUGCUCUGCUCUGUGUGUAACUCUCCUCUCUCGUGUUUUUUCUUUCCCUCCUUUAGAACAACACAUCUCCAUGCCUGUUAGCUCAUCGUUUGCCUAGCAUGUCUCCGUGGCGUCCCAAACAAAAAAACUUCAAAGAAUACGACAAAAAAACUCUUCACCACACAAAAAAAAACAAAAAAAAGUGUCAUCGUCCUCCUCCUCUUCGUCCUCGUCAUUCUUUUUUUCCGAUGUGUUUUUCCGAGCUCAUCCGAUCAUAUCCUGGUUCUCCUCCUCGUCCGCGGCCUGCUGACCUUUUUGGACUCUUUUGCGUACUUUUCCUUUUUUAUUUUGUGUGUGUGUGUUUUUAUGCAUGUUUUGUUUGAUUAAUUUCGCGGGGAGGGAGGAGGUUGACACGGAAAAAUGUGAAAAACGCUGCAUUUUUAUGACAAACAAAUGUUGUUUUAAACAAAAAAAAGAGAAAAAAACAACCUGUGGCAAAAGGAUUUCCAUUUUUUGUUUGUUUUGAUGUGUUUUUCCUUCAUUUGAGGUUCACUCCAGGAAUUGGCGCGUCACGCCCGCUUCUGGCCGCCCGCUGAACCAACGGGCCAGAAGCGGCCGGCGCUCGUGUCUCUGAAAAUAAGACUACUUCCAAACAGUUUUGAGGAGAUAAAAACUGUCUGAUCAAGAUUAGACUCUGUCAGAGCUCUCUAAUGGUUUUUACAUUUUUCAGGCGGUGUAAAGUUUUUUGAUAAGGCCAUUUUAAGUGGCUCUGUUUCUCAUUCAAAGUCUAUAUAUAGAACCACUUUUUUCUAGAGUAGUUUAAAAGUAAACAAAAAAAAGAGACAUUUGCCCUGUUUGGGGGGGAGAAAUGCUACCUACUUGUGUCACCUUUUUGCUGAACUGACUCACAGAUAGACAAUCCGUGGUUUAAAUGCACAUGAUGAAAUGACCUAUAUUUUCUACAGUUUAAAUGUAUAGACAAAAAAAUGACCUGUAAUCCGCGUUAACGUCGGUGCUUCUCGUGAGUUUAGUUGUGGGUUUCAUCACAAGUCUAACAGUCUUAAGUGUCUCAUGUUUUUCAAGAGGAAAAAAAAUCAGUUUACUUGAACAAUAGACAAAGCCUUUCAUAUGAUUUUUUUUUUUCUUUUUUAAGGAGUCCCUAUUUGCUAAAUUUCUUGUUCGUUAAUUAGCUAUAUGAAAUUCCUGAAAAUAUAUAUAAAUAUAAAUAUAUAUAUAUCUAUAUAUAUAUAUAUAUAAAUAUAUAAACUGUCAGCUUGUGAAGCAUCAAUGUCAUUAUUUUAUUUCUCUUGUGGGAAACAAUAUUUAGAUGUGUUUUGUUGUUCGGCAAAAUGUCUUAUAACGAUAAAAAAAAAAGAUCAGUGGAGUUUAGUGCCAAAUUCUGAAGGUACUUCCUGCCUAGCGCGUCAGUGUAUUUCUUGUGAAAUUAUUUGAUAACAUGGGUAUUUUAUUAUAAGUGUUUUGUAUGGAUCCCUCAUAUUUAAAGUAUAGAUUUAAAAGAGUUUGUUAACUUGUGGUCUUGUUGCCUGACAAUGUCAUGUUUGCUUUUUUUCUUUGUAAAAACUGUAAAAAGUGCCCAUGUGUCAUAUAUAUAUAUAAAUAUAUAUUAUAUCUUAACACACACACGCACACACAUGGACACACACUCUCGUGCAGACCUCACAGUUUACUUUAUUGUGCAUGAGAGCCCCUGAGGGCGACCGCCUCCUCAGCAGCCGCCGCCGUCCGUCCGUCCGUCCGCCGCCGCCGCCGGCGUGCCGACACUUCUGGUCCAUCAAAGCCUUACCACCGAUCUUUGCACUCCUGUUCUCUCUGUGUUAGCGUUUUCUUUCACGUCGGUGAGAGACGUACGCGAAGCCUUAUUUCCACCAGUCCUCUUCUCCGUCUGGAAGGUUCAAAACCGCCUUUUCUUUGAGUUUUGCGACAGAUCAUUACCGUUGUAAACUCCUCCGGCUCUCAUGAUGUAAGCACAGGGCAAGAGCGAAGCACAUGCCGGGGGGGCGACGGUCAGGGUGGGGGAGGGGCGUUUUGCGAAAAAAAAGGUUGUCUCCAUUUUUUUUUUUUUUUUUUGGGGCCAAAAUCCUGUUCAGAUGCCAAAGUGUGUUGUUGCCAAUCUCGUCGUGGUCGUUUACAUGGGCGGCACCGUGUCGUCGGUCUAUCCCCCCCUCCCCCCACCUCCCUGAAAGUUUACGGUCUGCAAAAACAAACAAAAAAAAGUUUAAAAAAAAUAUA